UAUCUGAGUAUGAUGAUAUUCUGAAUUCAUAUGUAUGUAUAUUGAUACUUUUAUAUUCUAUUUUACUGUCUGCAAUAUAAUACAAAAUUAAUUUACAGGACUGGACAUGAACCAGUUUGUUGCUGUGCAGCAUGGUUAUGCCAUACCAAAUGUGCAACACAGCGCAACAGGGCUUGAUACCCACAAUCUGGUCCAUGUUGCGGAACAACCACACACUAUGUAAUGGCAGUAAGGUUAUCAUCAUGGUGCAUCAGGGGUGGACACGAACCACAUUGUUGCUGUGCAGCAUGGUUACACCACAUCAAAUGUGCCACACAGCAAAGUCCAGAUUACAUCCACUCAACAGCAGAAUGAGAACGGUCUCAGUUUGCAAUAUGAGCAACUUGGUGAAAAGGAAACCCCAUCCCUUGAAGCUGAGUGAGCAGCACGUCAGUCUGGAUUAUGCUAUGUCAAGGAGCAGUGAGGGAGGUCCAAAUCAUUUGGAUCUUGGCACUAAUGUCAAGUGAGGCCCCUUCGGCUGCCACAAGAGCUGAUGACGAGGACUGCGAUCCACUCAGCCUUAUCUGGCCAUCAGAGGGAGAGUGGAAAAGACCUUGGAAUUCCAUCACUUCAGAGGAGGCAAUCCGGAUCCAUUCAGCUUCAUCAAGCUUAGUGAAUGGCAAGACAGUUUGGACUAUGCCAUUAUGCCAUCUUGAGGACUAAUGGAGGAAGUCCCAAACAUUUCGAGCUUGGCACUGAUGUCGAGUCAGGCCCCUCAAGUUGCCUCAAGAGUGAAGGACCUUGUAUCCACAACAU